CAAGUUUCUCCAAGAAAUCACGAUGCAAUCGAUUUUUUUAACACUUUAAAGUUCUCAAACAGUUUUUUUUUUAACGAACAGAAUAAUAAACGUUUGUCCCGAAUAAAAAACGAGCAGUAAAAUGUGAUUAUACAGCAGGUUAAUGUACUUACUGUCAGCUGUAAUGGCUCAUACAGUAAACGCGUCUGUUUUGUCAAAUGUCGAAACAAUGAUUUCUACAUUCAGGCGCGUCAUUAAUGGCGCUACAAUACGCGCUUGAUGGACUGCGGCUUUGUCCCGAUGAUGCGCAUGCAAAUGCCCCGCCCGCGUCCUCCAAUCAGAGAGCGGCGUCCCUUCGCUUCUUCCAAUAGGAGACGCGUGGUCGCAGGUGGCGGCGCGGUUAUCAGCUCUUCCCGUUGCGCUCGCAGCACAACCAGAGAUCAUCAACGCGCACCCGAUGUUCAGAUGCGGGAUAUUCGAGCGCUCAACCCGGGCGUAAAAUCUCCCGACUGCCCCCGAGUGGAUUCCGUUUCAGGACGCGCGUGAAACACCGUGGGACGCCUUUUGCUUUUGACUGUGGAAAGAGUUGAAAAGUUGCAAGAAGUGCUUCCGUCGCCUUGGAUAAGUUGCGCUCGGUAAACUUCGCGUGCACGCUUGCGCUUUUUAUGCCUUUUCUUUCACGCCUCGUCCCCGUGCGCUCGUACCCAUGUUAGCGGUGGGGCAGAUGGACACUAACCGGCAGAGCGCGUUCGUCCUGGGCAGCACCCCGCUGGCAGCGCUGCACAACAUGACCGAGAUGAAGAACUCGUUAUUCCCGUACACCCUGCAGAACCCCGUCGGGUUCAAGACUCCUCUGAGCAAUCUGAACUCUCAGUUCGCGCUGGGAACCCCGCAUGGAAUAAGCGACAUAUUGGGGAGACCCAUCACUACAGCUGGACAGCUGCUUUCGGGCUUUCCCAGGAUCAACGGCCUGGCCACAUCAGCCGGGAUGUACUUUAACCCCGCGGCCGUGUCCCGGUAUCCCAAACCCUUGACGGAGUUGCCCGGGAGGGCGCCUAUCUUUUGGCCCGGAAUGAUGCAGGGGUCGCCCUGGAGAGACCCGCGGAUGCACUGUCCGGCAAACAUGAUGUUGGACAAGGAUGGCAAGAAGAAACACUCCAGGCCAACAUUCUCAGGACAGCAGAUCUUCGCCCUGGAGAAAACCUUCGAGCAGACCAAAUAUCUGGCCGGUCCAGAGAGAGCUCGACUCGCCUAUUCCCUGGGAAUGACCGAGAGUCAAGUCAAGGUUUGGUUUCAGAACAGAAGAACUAAAUGGCGCAAGAGGCACGCGGCUGAAAUGGCCACAGCCAAGAAGAAACACGACUCAGAGACUGAGAAGAUGAAGGAGAGCUCGGACAACGAGGAGGAUGAUGAAUAUAACAAACCUCUGGACCCAAACUCCGACGACGAGAAGAUCACGAGACUGUUAAAAAAGCACAAAGCCAGUAAUGUGGGUCUGAUCAGCCCGUGCAGCAACAGCUCGGACACUUUGUGAUCGGAUCAGAGACUCUUUCUGGAGAAAGCAGGGUACAAACACACGGAGAGGCUCCUUCUCGUUUACUUUCAAUGCAGCUGUACAGUUAGACGUGUACGUGAGAUGUAUAUAUAUUUUUUACUGAGUAAAUUAUGUUAUUAAACCUUCACGAAGACUCUCCACUCAUCCUCAUACAGGCUGAAGAUCUUUUUCUUCAGUCGCAGAAGAAUAACGACGCCUAAAUUUGACAUCUUUAUUUGAUUUCAGAAGCAGACACAGAAUGUGUAUAAAGGCAGUGUUGUAAAUAAUGUGAAAAGAUUUUUCUUUCGAUGUCCUUCUGGACGCUUUUGCUUUCAGUGAAGGAGUUUUUGUUUGAUCUCUCAACACGAAAAACAGACACAGAUGGACAUUAAAUAUCCGAUGAAGAGAAUAUUAUUGCUUCCGUGCUGAAGGAAGAAAGAUAAACUUUGUAUUAUCAAUAAA